AGUUUACAUAAAAGCCGCAAGGAGACGCUGCAGUACAAUGCCUGGUAGAAAAUCUAGCGGGUAGUUCGAUACCUGCAGAUUCGAAUGUGUUCUUAGCAACGCAAGGCUUGCCUGGUAACACUUUCACUCUCGAUCAACUUUGCAGUCGGAAUCGUGAGUUUCUGAGGUACGAAGAUGACGUUGAAUCCCCUGGCGAACCCCAAGGGUGUGAGUCUGCUGUGUGAGCUGUGUCAGAAGCCGGCGUUUAUCCAAUGUACAAAGUGCCGAGUAACAUACUACUGUGGUGUAGAGCACCAGAAGGCAGACUGGAUGGGGAUCCAUGAGAAGAUCUGCCAGAUGCUGAUCCCUCUGCGCAUGCCCGAACCCUUCCUGAGCUCUGACGAUGAGCGGCAGCACAGACAUCAGCAGAUGACACACAGAAAGAAGCGUAUGAUUGAGCUGACGCGUACGACGGGACAGAAGUUGCUGUUUGAGGGUCACCACGAGCAGGCGGUCCCCGCCGCCAUGCAGUCCCUCAGGUUCAGUAUUGAUGUGUACGGACUCAGCUCCAUCGAGCUUGUACCAUCUUAUCUCAUCCUGGGGGAGGCCAGCAUCGGACUCGGCAGACUGCAGCAGGCUGAGGAGUACCUUGCUCAGGCAGAAUGGACGGUUCUGAAGACCCCAGAAUGCAGCAGCGCCAUCAAGUCCAAACUGUACCGCAACCUCGGCCUGCUGUUCGCUGCCAAGGGGAACUACGACGAGGCCCGCCACCAGCUGGCAAAUGAUAUCUACUAUGCGAGUGAGGAGUUUGGUCCCCAUGAUAUCCACACGGCUGGCGGGUACUUCCACAUGGCUAACGUGUUCUUCAGGAUGAACAGGAUGGACGUGGCUGACUCACUAUACACAGAGGUGACGAACAUCUGGCACCAGCACCUGUCCCAGCUGAUCAGGUGGCGGCUGAAGACACCUGCGACACCCUCUGGCAUCGGUCCAGCUGUGGAGGGGGCACAGGAGGAGGAAGGCGGGCUCGACGAAGCUCAGGAGGCUGAAGCCAUCCAGGUGUUGAACUCCAUCCAUGACAUGAGGGAACAGCUGGCCCACCAGAACCCCCUCGGACUGGCUAACAUCUGCCACACCCUCACCAUGCUGUACUACCUGCUCAAUGAUAUGGACAAGGCUCGAGAGUUCAGUCGUAAGGCCCUCCUGUCCAGUGAGACGGCGCCUCCCGGGGAGGACGGAUCUCUCACCACGAUCUCCGAGCUCGCCAAGGUCCUGGAUGUCCAUCCUGAGACAGCCACUACUACAUCAUAAAUCUCAACCUUGUCUUGUAAACAUUCAGAUUGUCUGUGAUGCUAUUCAAUUUUGAUGUUUAUAGUUUGUAAAGAUUUGGUACACAAUGUACUAGAAAGUGGUUUAUUGAUAAUUAUACGUUUUUAUUAGCAAGAUGCUAGCUUUUUUCCCAGGCUUGCAUGCCUUUACCUCUUUUUGGCUACAAUGUCUGAAAAACAACAAAAAUGAGAAGGUGUGGCCUUCUCUGUGAUGACCUUUGUCAAAAGUUGUGAAUCUGAACUGAAUAUAUAUUUUCAUGUUUCUACUCUCAACAAUUUUGAACAAAUGUUUACAGCAUUUACUAUAUUUCUAUAGGUUUGGGGGUGAUUUUUGGUCAUGUUUGAAUCAACUUAGAUGACGCUUAUAUAUACAGUUAUGUCUGCAGUGUACAUACUUAAUACACAAACUAUCAUAGAUAAACUAUAUUUGACAGUUACCAAAUAAAUAGUCAAUUGUGAAAACAUUUCAGGAAAAGACUUAGGCGAAUAUCAAUGAUUACUGUUUAAUCCUGUAAAUAUCAUUUGAUAAAAUCCAUAUCUUUGAUAUGUUUAAAA